AUUACACUCAGGUGUGUGCUGCUGCUCUGAUGAGGCUGACUGAAGCUUAAAAUGUUCCACUGCUCACACUGCUGUGCUUCCUAGUGGUCAGACAGGACGAGCUUUUGCAUUUUGAACCAGUUUGCCGUUUGCUGUGACGUUCAUGGAGCCUUUGUGUUUUUGGUUAAACCUCCUUCUUGCACUCUGUGUCAGAUCAUCUUUUGCUUUUCCACCCAAACAUUACACAGAGCAUGCUUCACUUCAGACACCUCAGAUCGCAGGGAGCUCCAAGGCUCCAUCUGAGGCACGAGAGCAGGUGAAUACAGUCAGGGUGACCUGCCACCCGGACUCAUUGGAGAUUUUAAUCAAAGCUGACAUGUUUGGAGUUGGAGCUCUUGUUAAUAGUGAAGAGUUGCGCCUUGGAGUGGAGCACAGUGAUUACUGUAGAGCUACAGCGUCUUCAGGAGAUGAGUACAGAAUCAUUGUUGGACUUAUGGACUGCGGCACCAAACACUGGAUGACGGAGGACUCUUUGGUCUACACAAACCUCCUUAUAUACUCUCCUGUGGCGUCCCCAGAUGGUUUGGUUCGGAUGGAUGAAGCUGUAAUUCCAAUUGAGUGCCAUUAUGAAAGGAAGUACAGUUUGUCCAGUUCUUCACUCAUGCCCACCUGGAUCCCCUUCACGUCGACCCAGGCUGCAGUGGAAACUUUGGAGUUUGAUUUAAGAACUAUGACAAAUGACUGGCUGUAUGAAAGAAGCUCUAACGUGUAUUACCUCGGCGAGCCUAUCAGCAUCGAAGCCUCGGUCAGAGUCGGACACCACAUGGGGCUCCGGGUGUUUCUGAGCAGCUGUGUGGCGACACUUACCCCGGACAUAUACUCUGUGCCCAGAUACGUCUUCGUUGAAAACGGGUGCUUGGUUGACUCUCAGCUUCCAGGUUCAAGGUCUUACUUCCUAUCCAGGUCCCAGGAUAGCAAGCUCCACUUAGUCAUUGAUGCCUUUAGGUUUCACAAUGAGGACAGAGGAGAGCUCUACAUCACCUGUCACUUGAAUGCCGUACCAGUAAAUGAUGCAGAGGCACCAAAUAAGGCAUGCACCUUCGUACAUGGAAGAUGGAGGUCAGCUGAUGGUAACGACUACUUAUGUGGACAAUGCCAAAGCCAAAAUGAAGUUGGGCAAAGCAACGGUAAGCCCAGCAGCCCUGGCAAGUUUGGUCCUCGUGGGUUUGGGAAAGUAAAUGAACAUGAAGGCUUCUGGAGGAGCGCGCUGAAGACCAAUACAGUGUGGGAAAAGGAGGCAAAAGUGGGUCCAAUGAUGGUCCUGCAGGGCAUGAAGAAAAGUGGGCCUAUACCCGUGGAAGAGCUCCCCCCCGUUCUCAAUAAAAUAAGCAGAACUGCGCUGUACGGCAGCCGCUGGAGAAGUGGUGUAAACGACAGAGUUGAUCAGAGGGGAGAGGAACUUCCUGAUUCCCCAUCUACAAAAGACCAGGAGGAAGUUCAGACUUCUGAACAGGAAAAACACAUUAAAAGUGAAACAGAUCCAAAAGAUGGCAAUGCUGAGAAAGCUGCUGCACCUCUGGAUAAGGUAUCCCCUGAGCUCAGCCUGAAGUCAAAGGCAGCAGUGCUGGAGAGUAACGGCACGGCGGCCCUCGAUGAUGUCAGCCCCUCUGCUCCGUUUACUGUCGACGUGACUAAACUGUCAAAUGUAACUGCAACAGAAUCUGACCUUUCAGAAAUAAACGACCCAAAGAGAUAAUCAACUAAAA